CAUGCAUCACUUUCUUCUCCUUCCUCCUUCACUGACUUUUAAAUUUUUUUUCUGUGUGUUUCUACAGGUUAUGUGAACUGAUCAACCUAAAAUUUCAAUUCAACGUUUCAAUUUUUGUGCAUUUAAUUACUCAAUUUUAUUUCCAUGAAUGAUGGGAAAAGUCAAGUUGUAUGUGAGAUUUCCCUGUAGAAUUGAAGAAGAAUUACAAGUGAAAAACCUUUGUUCUCUUAUAGAAGCUGUUCAUUUGCCUAGACAGAAAUCUGCACGGUGGUGCAUUGUGGAUUUCAAAACAUCAGAUAUUAGAAAGGAAGCUAUAAAAAUAUUGAAAGGUGUUUUGAUCAACGAUAAACGUCUCGUUAUCAAACCAGUGAAAAGUAAACCAAAGCAGCCAACGCUGAAAAAGUCUGACUGUGUGGAUACAGUUCAAGAUUUAUUGAAACUUUAGAUCAACUUCGCUAUCAUCAGUCAUCACUAUGGAUCCAGCCGAUCUCCUGAAGCUCGAAAAUUACUGUCCUCAAGUAAUAGAUGAAAAACUUCGUAAUGAAGCAAAAAAGAAUACUAACAAUCAUGCUUGUGGUACAUCAAAUUAUAAUGUGAAUGCAGUGUCUAAUAAAAAAGAUGAAGAUACUGACGAUAUAAUUGAUGUGGACAAUUCUGAUGAGAUAUUUGAAAUCACUCCUGAAAAUUAUAGAUUAUUUGUAGACCCAGAUAGCAUCCGGGGUUUAGAUGAAAACUGUGCGAUGCUGGAUCGUAUAGUCAAUGAUUAUCCAGAUGUUAAAACAGCAGAAAACAAAGCCUAUAGGCUAAUCAGCGAUCCGAGCAUUUUUGAUGAGAAUAUUGUCCAUGAAGAAGUGUUUCUGGACUCGGAAAAGGAUACAGACGAUGAUGAGGAGUGGACUGAUGAAGAAGUAUUGAAUUAUGACUGGUCACUAGUUGAUAAUUGAACUUGUUACCUCAAUUUUUUUCACUAGAUAUGAUUUUUGUACGUAAUAUACAACCAUAUUUU